AUGGAGCAAAAGCCCGAGCCGCCAAGCCCGGCUGGGUUCUCGGGCUUACCUUGCACAGCCGGGCUCAAACCCAUCCUCCGGAAGAAAAGAGCUUUUGCCUGGAAUGAACGCUCGCUUUGCAUCAAACCGGUCCUGGAUACACCCUGCUCUUCCCCGUACAAAGGAAGGAAAGAGGCGUCGCCGGGCCAGGCUCGCCUGGCCGCCGGCACAGCGAAGAUGCCUGAACACCUUUUCUUUCCGAAGAAAGAAAACAAAACAAAACAACCGCUGGUGCAAGAGGGAACCGCAAGCUGCAAAGUUACAGAAAAGUCGACUUCCGUUGUCAUUUGCUGCUCCGAGUGCGAACGAGUCUGGUCUCGUCUUGGUGUUCCGUGCAAAAUCAGAAAGAAAAAAAUUAGACUGAGUCCCGUUCCCACUGCGGUCAGAACGGCGGUGCAAAGCCCGAAGUGUUUCCGCCUAAGUUCGCUCCCUCUUGAGCCACGACCCGUAAAACCCUCGCGCUGUAUUUUGGGUGACGGCGGUUUCAGUGGGCACGGCCGUUUUCUCGUCAAGGUAGAAUCACACUCGGAAGAAGCGCCCCCGGUAGCGAGAGGGACCCGUGGCCGGCGCGGAGCCCCGCGGACCUGUUGGAGCCCCGCGCGGAGCCGGGCGGAGCUGCCUGGGUAAACUGCUUGUGUAUCUCACAUUAUCAUCCCGCUAUCUGCAGGCAAUGUAGAUUUUCUAAAGAUCUAAUGAAUAAACAACCAGCAAGUGCUGGCGGUGUAAUUUACAUUGUUAAUGCCUACAUGUGUAUAAUAAAUAUGCAUUUGUAUGUCUUCAAAUAAACUCUUUUUAGUUUCUAA